UCACGUCGGGAAACUCUCCGUCUCGCCUCCUUAUCCCUCUCUUCUUCCAACUCCAUGGCCGUUCUCCUCAAAACGCCGUCGCUUCGCCUCUCUUCUCCGCCGCUUCACGCCCCCGACCUCGUACCCUUCAAGCCCUUCUGCGUCUCCUUCGCCGGAGGAAGAAUCUCAGAUGCCGUCGCCAGAGUCUCGUUCUCUCGCCGGACUUCUUGUUCUCUCCGGUUUGAUUCUGGGCAGUCUCUCCGGCUCCUAAGAUUCGUAGGAUUUGCGUCUGGAGAGACCGAGACCACCGAGACGGAGGCGGAAGCUGGCGAACCCGAAAUCAAGGACACAGACGGUGCUGUUGGAGUCGAGGGUGAAGACGCCAGUGCUGAGGGCAGAGAAGUUGAGGAAGCAGAAGCAUCAGUUGUAAUGGCAUUGCUUCAAUCGUAUAAGGAAGCUCUAGCUAACAACGAUGAAGGCAAGGUUGCUGAGAUAGAGGCAUCUUUAAAGGCCAUUGAAGAUGAAAAGAUACAGCUUGGGAAGAAAAUAGCGUCUUUAUCAGAUGAAUUAUCGGUGGAGAGGGAUCGGGUUCUUAGGAUCAGUGCUGAUUUUGACAAUUUCCGGAAGAGGACAGAGAGGGAACGGCUUUCCCUUGUGUCAAAUGCUCAAGGCGAGGUUGUAGAGAAUUUAUUGUCAGUUCUGGAUAAUUUCGAGAGGGCCAAGACCCAAAUUAAGGUGGAGUCCGAGGGAGAAGAGAAAAUCACUAACAGCUACCAGAGCAUUUACAAACAAUUUGUAGAAAUUCUGGGUUCGCUCGGCGUUGUCCCUGUCGAGACAGUCGGAAAGCAAUUUGAUCCAAUGCAACAUGAGGCUAUCAUGAGAGAGGAUUCAUCGGAGUUCGAAGAGGGGAUCAUACUCGAAGAAUACAGGAAAGGGUUCAUGCUGGGCGAUAGACUGUUACGGCCUUCAAUGGUGAAAGUAUCGGCUGGUCCGGGACCAGCCAAGGCUCAUCAAGAAGACGAGAAACCUGGAGGGGAAGAGGCCGGAGAAAGUAACAAAGAAGGGGAAGAUGAAGCGGCGGCUACUUCAUCUUGAUUCUUGAAUGAGAGACAGACCACACUUGAGUAGAGAAAAAAAAAGCGUAACUCAAGCAGUUUUGUCAUGUUAUUGUCAUUUUAUUGGUACAUUCUCAUUCGUAAUUGGUGGAGAGAGAGAGAAACAUGCUAGAAUUUGUCAAAUUGUUGGAUUGUUUCAUCUUAUGACUUAUGAGCAUCAAACUAAUAUAUACGUGUU